CCUAACGUCAGACCCUCCCGAGUAUCGGCGGCGGUCGUGUAUAUUCGGUAUUACGAUUGUAUUGUCGUUGUUGUUAAAACAUUUUAUCGAUCGACGAGGCGCCCGUCCGGCGGAUACCGGUAACCCGCACGUCACCGUUUUCGUUCCGUUCGUACCGUGCGGCGACUGCCGACUUCCGUAGAGACCGCAGUCAACGGUCGAAUACGAACCUAUGCACACGCACGUUAAAAGCUACCGUCUUCGCAUGUCGUUGUUAUGAUCAUCAUCGUCGUUAACAAUUGAUUCCACCGAGGUAAUUGUAAACAAAUGCCAUUAAAUAUAUUGUUUGAUACUGCGAUACAACAACCGAUGUAGGGUACCUAUUAUUGGCCGUAAAAAUCCUCCACCUAUUUUAUAACCACCGGUCAAACGACAUACUACAUAGUCAUGGUAUAUUUCACGGAAAAACUUAUAAACGAGGUACGCAAGCGGUCGUGCAUAUGGGAUGUGGCUGACAUGAACCACCUCAACAAGGAAGUGCUGACCAGCACGUGGACAGAGAUCGCUGAAAACCUCUACUCGGAUUGGCACGCACUCAGCGGUUUCGAUAAACGUGACAGAGUGUCCGACGUCAAGAAAAAAUGGACAAACAUCAAAGACUCGUUCGUCAAAGACGUCAAGGGCAAUAAACAGAGAAAGUCUCAAUGCCUUCCUGAACACCGGAAAAAGUACUAUCUGUUCGAUCAUUUACAGUUUCUGUUACCAUUCAUUCAAGACUCGAAUUCUGGCGGUAGGUCAGAACACGGUGGCAGCGAACCAGUGCAAAGAAAGAAAAUCCGUAAAAAUACUUUUGGCGAGGGCUCGUCUCGAAACUCGCAACCGGAAGUGAUGAUAAAGUGCUCGGUAGCACCAGAAACAGCCGGAAGACAGGAAACCUUACAACCGGACGUGCAGCAGCAUGCUGACUUACUCAAUAACGUCGCAGGCAAGACAGCCGCAGACACGUUGUGCCAGCUGGACGGCGACUUAUCUUUCAUGGUGUCGUUGUUGCCUACUAUCAAAUCGAUGAAUGAAAAACAAAAGAUUAAUUUCAAGAUCGGCAUCCUGCAGCUUGUGUCCCGGAUAAAGUUCGGUGAAAUACUACAUCAUCCCUCGGAUGGCAUGUACGCGUCAUUCACCCCUACGACACCCGAUCUCGGAGGCUUUUCAGUGUCUAGUCAACCGGCAGUGGUGAUGGGCGUUCCAACGUUGCAGCCGUACGUCAAUCGCUCGACCAUGUCGUUGACACAGCAACAUCAGCAGGAUCAACACCAUCUCUUGCACAAGUCGGCGGUUAAACAGGAGGUGAUUGAUUCGAGUCCGAGAAAAUCAUCUCUGGGUUAUGACUACGGCACUGACGACGAUAGUUGUUGAUCAAAAUUAUGAUGAAAACAUUCUAAAUCGUAAAUUUACGCCGACAAUAAUUUAUUAUAUUUUGUUUAAGACCUUUAACCCAAAACCACGAUUUUUUGAGUAAGCAUUAGGUAUUUUCUUUAUUGAGAUGUUUUGCCAUUUUUUGCACAUUGUA